AUGGCGAAGAGGGCGGCUGGCCGCGUGCGGUGUGGCUCCGGGUGGCUGCUCCGCGUUCUGAUGUCGCUGUUGGAGCUGGAGCAGUUUCAGCUAAUAGCGGGUUUACUGCAAGUGGAGAUGGCGGGGAGGACUCAGAUGGUUUUCUUGAAUGAAAAUGUGACUGUCUCUUGCAAGAUCCCUGGUUCCCCACACCUGGACAUCAACAGUAUAGGUAUCACCUGGUUUCAAAAGACUGGAACUUCUGAAACUGACACCAAACUGUUUGAGUAUUUUGGAAACCACAGAGAGGCAUCCCAACGUGGAGCCAGCGUGUCUCUACGGAGUCUGCAGAGGGGAGAUGCCUCAUUGCAGCUGCCUGGUGUCCGGCUGGAAGAUGCAGGGGAGUACCGCUGUGAGCUGGUGGUUACUCCUCAGAAGGCACAGGGGACUGUCAGGCUGGAGGUUGUAGCUCCGCCAGUCAGCAACUUGUCUGAACAAGUCAUGAUGAAAGAUAACGAGGACAAACAUAUUUUGUGUAUAUCAAGUGGGUUCUACCCAGGGCAUAUUAACAUCACGUGGAAAAAGUGGACCCAGAAGGAUCCCCAGUUCCGGGAGUUUUCUCAGAACAUCACCACUGACCACAUAGUCGAGAAUGAGGAUGGUACAUUUAAUAUCACUAGCCACCUGAGGCUGAAGCCAUCUCUGGAAGACAACGGGACCAUCUAUCAGUGUGUGGUAUGGCAUGUAUCCUUGCCCACAAUCCAGAGUUUCAACUUCCACUUGAUUCUACAUCCAGAAUCUGAGAAGAAAACUUACUGGUUGUAUAUUAUAAUGAGCAUAUUAAUCAUUAUUGGACUGAUCUUUAUUGGACUGAGAUCGAACCCAAGUCUCCUGCAUUCCAGGCCGAUCCUUUACUGCUUGAGCCGUUGCAGAAGCUGGAGGAUGAGAGACACUGUAAUCGGAGACUUCUGGAGGAUGAGACCCCCGAAGCUGGAACUGGAUCAGAUGA